UUUCUUUCAAGUACAGUAGCCAAUGGUUUAAGUAGCCAGUUUGUGGACACAGGGGCGUGCUUUUUUACUAAAGGGGAAACCGCAACCUGGUAAGCAACAAGUUACACUUGUACUGUCGCAUGGCACAUUUGCAGUCUUCCAACAGGAAGACCCGAUUUAGCGUAGAAGCCAGCAGAACCGGUAGUGUCAGGUAACAAGGUUUGAGGAAGCAGCCCCAUCUCCUAUGAGACGCCGCGCGCACGGGAGUCCGCGAGGCUCCCAGCUCUUCCAGCUACUAAUUUUAGUGCAAGGCUCCCAGCUGUGCCGUUGGUGGUUUAGGCUUAUUUGGCGGCGAGCUUGUUUGCGCAUUGAAGGAUGUAUUUUGGCAGUAACUGGCUUGACUGUCGUUCUGAUUAUUUUUUACAUCUGCUUACCGAGUCUGCCUUUGUCUCAGCUUAGUUUACCUUUUGGCUCAACAGGCUAUAGUGAGAACCGACCGGUCACAGUGCUAGUUUGGCAGCAACCCUUUGGAGACCAAAGUGAGCUGGGGGACUGUUGGAGUUUGUACAAUGUGAGCGGCUGUACAGUGACACUAGAUAGGGAAGACUAUGUGUAUGCGGACGCUGUCCUAGUACACCACCGUGACAUUUGGUCAGACUUUGCAUUCCACAUUCCCCUUCUCCCGCGGCUCCCUGACCAGAAGUGGAUCUGGAUGAACUUUGAGUCUCCAACAAACUCCCCUGGCUUAUACGCACUGGAUGAUGUAUUUAACUGGACAAUGUCCUACCGAGUGGAUUCUGAUAUUUUUAUGCCCUAUGGGUUUUUAUACCCCAAGAAGUUGCCAACUCGAAAGAUAUCCUUGCCACGUAAGACAAAACUAGUGGCUUGGGUAAUUAGUAAUUGGAGUUCAGAUCAAGAGAGGGUUAAAUAUUACAAUGUACUAAGCAGAUACAUCACUGUUGAUAUCUAUGGAGGUAAUGAACUGCCCUUAAUGAAGAGUGACCUUAUUCCCACUAUUUCCCGAUACAAGUUUUACCUUGCAUUUGAAAAUUCGCAACAUCGAGAUUAUAUUACUGAGAAACUUUGGAGAAAUGCUUUUAAAGCUAAUUCGGUUCCAGUAGUCUUGGGGCCCAGUAGAUCUAACUAUGAAUUGUUUAUUCCACGCCAUUCAUUCAUUCACGUUGAUGAUUUCCCUACUCCUAGAAGACUGGCAAUGUAUCUGAAAUUUUUAGAUAAAAACACUAGGCUGUACAGAAGAUAUUUUGCAUGGAAGAGUCGUUUUGACGUCAGUGUGUUAUCUUUCUGGAAUAAGCAGUACUGCACAGUAUGUGAAGCUGUGAGGUCUGCCGGUAAACGGUAUAAGACCAUAACAGAUCUGGCAUCUUGGUACACAUCAUGAUACAGUCAGUAACGCUAGUCAUGUAAAAGGGACUUCAGUGACUCCAUAUUCACUAUUCUUUAAUGCACUCUAAGGACUGUUAUUAAAUGCAAACUCACUAGGAGAAAUGUGAAAUAUGACAUUGCACUAGGUAUGCAGUACACUUUGACACCACAGUGCAGUCUGAUGACUUUUAAUACAUGUAAACUGAAUUUAAAAACGUACACAAAUAGGUGCAGUUUGAGUGCUAGUUAAACUAUUCAAAACUCAAGUAAGCAUGAAUAAAAGUAAAGAAGAACACUAAUUAAAACACAUACAUAUUUUAAAUGCAUUAAAUAAAUGCUGCUACAAUCCAGAACACUAAACUUGCAUGGGUUAAUAAGGUUUUUGCUACAGUAUCAACACCUCUUUUCUGAUUAUAGCUUCUGUAGCUUUCUGUAUAACUUAAGUUGUGGGCCUGCGCAUGUUUGUCACAUUUCAUCUAAAUAUACAAAACGGUGUGGGGCAGGUGAACUAACUGUGUUCCUGAGCUUCAGUUCUGAGAACAGAAGGGCAGUUGGCAUUGGAUAAAUAUACGAAUAUGCAUAAAGAUUGCAGUCUACUCAGAGCCAUAAUUUAUUAUUAAUUUGGGCUUUAAAAUGUCACCAGGCAAAGUGGGACAGUGCCUUCAAGGAACCAGAACUUUUGGAACUGUACUCUGACUGGUACACCAGCACACUACCUUCCAGACUAUAGCACCCAGCUCCCAGGUGUAGCAGUCCUACCCCUUAUCUGGAGAGGACAUGUUACAGUAGCACAUGCCUUUUCAGUAGUUAGUUCUGCUAAUUUACUAUGCAGUUAUAUAUUUUUUUAAACAUUCAUUGAGAAUCUACAAAAUAAAUAAAGCUUAGUGUACAUUGUGGCACACUUGAAGUAUGCCUGGCUGUUUUCUUUGUGUGGAAGGUACAGAGGGCUUUGAAAGGUAAAAUGAGUUCUGUAAUUUAUUGUUUGACAGCUUGCUGAUAAUUAGCAGUUUGAUUUCAGGUUUUAAACUGGGUCCAAAUAAUAUGCAUUCCCUUCUGCAUGUGUCCAUUAUACAGAGUGGUAAAUACAAAAACUGAACUGGUGGGACUGAAGAUCAACAUAUUUUUUUAAUGGCAGCUCUACCUUCCAUAGUCAAGAACACUCACUACAUGAAAUUGUGGACAUAAUGGGCUAGCAUAAAUGCACCACAGUUCAUUUUAUCUCAGCUUGGGUCUUACUUGAACUAACAUAAAUACUCCAGACUUUAUUCUAUUUCAACUUUUUUGUGCUUCACAGAAAAUUUAGUUCCCAAUUUCUAACUCUUAGAGCUGCUCUUUUCACAGUUACCAUGUCAUCAUUUCUUUUGUAACUUACUAACAUCCUCACUGCCCAGUUAUCCUUUCAGCCUAAAUUGUAUUGAUUAUAGACAGGUCAUUUUAAUUAAGUCUGAUAUGAAGGAGAGCAAAAUUAUUUGUCUGGGCAGAGCAGACUGGCAUUCCUCCCUGAAUGUGCUUUGUUUGUGUGCGUGCAUGCGUGUGUGUGUGU